AUGAUAAAAGUGUUUAGCAUGACCUUUGUGGGCAACGCCAAUGCGGACAGCGUGGUGCACCACAAGCUCCCGCACUCCGUGAGAGCCCGCUUCAUCCGCUUCGUGCCCUGGCAGUGGAAUCCCAGCGGGAAGAUCGGCCUGAGAGUUGAGGUCUACGGAUGUGCCUACAAGUCUGAUGUGGCCGACUUUGACGGCCGGAGCUCACUGCUUUACCGGUUCAGUCAGAAGCUGAUGAGCACUCUCAAAGACGUCAUCUCCCUCAAGUUCAAGAGCCUGCAAGGGGAUGGGGUCCUGUUCCACGGAGAGGGUCAGCGCGGAGACCACAUCACCUUGGAGCUGCAGAAAGGAAGGCUGUCUCUGCAUCUCAACUUGGAUGACAGCAAGGUCCGGCUCAGCAACAGUCUGCCCUCAGUCACCCUGGGCAGCUUCCUCGACGACCAGCACUGGCACUCGGUCCUGAUUGAGCGGGUGGGCAAGCAGGUCAACUUCACCGUGGACAAGUACACUCAGCACUUCCGGUCCGAGGGUGCAGCGGAUGCCCUGGACAUUGACUACGAGCUUAGUUUUGGAGGCAUUCCAGUACCAGGCAAACCUGGGACCUUUCUGAAGAAAAAUUUCCAUGGAUGCAUUGAAAACCUCUACUACAAUGGCGUAAACAUAAUUGACCUGGCGAAGAGGCGGAAGCAUCAGAUCUCGACUGUGGGCAAUGUCACUUUUUCCUGCUCUGAACCACCCAUCGUUCCCAUCACAUUUGUCAACUCCAGCGGCAGUUACUUGCUGCUCCCCGGCACCCCGCGAAUCGACGGGCUCUCCGUGAGCUUCCAGUUCCGGACGUGGAAUGAGGACGGGGUGCUUCUGUCCACGGAGCUGUCGGAGGGCUCGGGGACCCUGCUGCUGAGCCUGGAGGGUGGAGUCCUGAGGCUUCUCAUCCAGAAGAUGAGUGAACGCAUCACAGAAAUCCUCACAGGCAGCAACUUGAACGAUGGCCUGUGGCAUGCGGUCAGCAUCAGCGCCAGAAGGAACCGCAUCACUCUCACCCUGGAUGAUGACGCAGCAUCCCCAGCUCAAGACACUGCCCGGGUGCAGAUUUAUUCUGGAAGCAGUUACUACUUCGGAGGGUGCCCUGACCAUCUCACCGAGUCCCAAUGUCUCAGUCCCGUUCAGGCUUUCCAAGGCUGCAUGAGGCUCAUCUUCAUUGAUAACCAGCCCAAGGACCUCAUUUCAGUUCAGCAAGGUUCCCUGGGGAAUUUUAGUGGUUUACACAUUGAUCUGUGUAGCAUCAAAGACAGGUGUUUGCCAAACUACUGUGAACAUGGAGGAAGCUGCUCCCAGUCCUGGUCCUCCUUCCACUGCAACUGCAGCGACACAGGCUACACCGGUGCCACCUGCCACAACUCCAUCUACGAGCAGUCCUGCGAGGUGUACAGGCAUCAAGGGAACACAGCCGGCUUCUUCUACAUCGAUGCAGAUGGCAGCGGGCCCCUGGCACCUCUCCAGGUGUACUGCAAUAUCACGGAGGACAAGAUCUGGACGUCCGUGCAACACAACCAUACGGAGCUGACACGUGUGGAGAGGACAAGUCCUGAGAAGUCCCACACCAUAGCCUUGGACUAUGGCGGCAGCAUGGAGCAGCUGGAGGCCCUGAUCGACGGCUCAGAGCACUGCGAGCAGGAGGUGUCUUAUCACUGCAGGAGGUCUCGCCUGGUCAACACAGCAGACAGAACACCAUACAUCUGGUCCAUCGGACGGUCCAAGGAGCGGUACCCGUACUGGGGAGGUUCCCCUCCUGGGUUCCAGCAGUGUGAAUGUGGCCUGGACAAGAGUUGCCUGGACUUUCCAGACAUUUGCAACUGUGGCACAGACAAGGAUGAGUGGACAAAUUAUACUGGCUUCCUCUCCUUCAAAGACCACUUGCCUGUCACUCAGAUCGUCAUCACUGAUGCCAACAGAUCCAACUCAGAAGCUGCUUGGAGAAUCGGGCCCUUGCGUUGCUAUGGUGACCGACACUUCUGGAAUGCCGUCACAUUUGACAAAGAAGCCUCGUACCUCCACUUUCCUAUUUCCCAUGCGGAAUUCAGUAUGGAUCUGUCCUUCUUUUUUAAAACCACGGCUUUAUCUGGUGUUUUCCUGGAAAAUCUCGGCAUGAAAGACUUCAUUCGACUUGAAAUAAGUUCUCCUUCUGAGGUCACCUUUGCCGUGGAUGUCGGAAAUGGCCCAGUGGAGCUCAUCGUCCAGUCUCCGUCUCCUCUGAAUGACAACCAGUGGCACCACGUCCGGGCUGAGAGGAACCUCAAGGAGACCUCACUGCAGGUGGACAACCUCCCCAGGAGCACCAGAGAGACCACGGAGCAGGGCCAUCUCAGACUGCAGCUCAACAGCCAGUUGCUUGUAGGAGGAACAUCAUCAAGACAGAAGGGCUUCCUAGGAUGUAUCCGUUCCUUACACUGGAAUGGGCAGAAACUGAAUCUUGAAGAGAGAGCUAAGACCACUUCUGGAGUCAGGCCCGGCUGCCCUGGCCACUGUAGCAGCUAUGGGAGCAUCUGUCACAAUGGGGGCAGGUGUGUGGAGAAACACAAUGGCUACCUGUGUGACUGCACCAACUCACCGUAUGAAGGACCUUUUUGCAAAAAAGAGGUUUCUGCUGUUUUUGAGGCUGGGACAUCAGUUACUUACACAUUUCAAGAACCCUAUCCUGUAACCAAGGACCUCAGUCUGUCAUCUUCAGCUAUUUACGCAGGUGCAACGCCAUCCAAGGAGAACAUUGCACUGAGCUUCAUGACCGGUUGGGUACCCAGCCUCUUGCUCUUCAUUAAUUAUUCUUCUCAGGACUUCCUGGCUGUUCUACUCUGCAAGAAUGGAAGCUUGCAGGUUCGCUAUCAGUUGAGCAAGGAAGACACCCACGUAUUCACCAUUGACGUAGAGAAUUUUGCUAACAGAAGGCUGCAUCACUUGAAGAUAAACCGAGAGGGGAGAGAGCUUACCAUGCAGGUAGACCAGCAACUCCGGCUCAGCUAUAACUUCUCUCCAGAAGCUGAACUCGGGACUGCAAGGUCCUUGACCCUGGGCAAAGUCACAGAGAGCCCUGGCUUGGACUCUGAAGUUGCUAAGGCCAACACUUUGGGUUUCCUCGGAUGCCUGUCUUCAGUCCAGUAUAACCACAUAGCACCGUUGAAGGCAGCCCUGCAUCACGCCGCCACUGCUCCUGUGACAGUCCAGGGGACCUUGGCAGAAGCCAGCUGUGGCUCCCUGGUGGAUUCCAAUGUCAACACAGUGACCACUGAGCAUUCUUCAUCAGAUCCCUUUGGGAAGGCAGAUGAGCGAGAACCACUCACCAAUGAAGUUCAAAGUGAUUCAGCAAUAAUUGGAGGGGUCAUAGCACUGGUGAUCUUCGUCAUCGUUUGCAGCAUUGGCAUCAUGAGCCGCUUCCUGUACCACAAGCAGUCCCAUCGCACAAGCCAGAUGAAGAAGGAAUACCCUGAAAAUUUGGACAGCGCCUUCAGAAAUGAGAUUGACAUGCGUAACACAGUGAAUGAGUGUAAACAGGAGUAUUUCAUCUGAAAGUCU